CAGGAAAUUCAGUUGUUUACACAUGUGUCUGUAACACUGAGAAGCAAGAGCAGCCCAGCAAGCCCAGAGGGCCUUAAGCAGUGAAAAAUGAAUUUCGAUUCCAUCCACAAAUUAAUUGAAGAAACACAAAUUUUUAAGCUCCAGCAAUCUUCGCUGAGAUCACCUUGUGAAUCAGUAGCACCUGCCUCACCACUACGUGACCCCUGUAAUUCUUACUUACCACCCCAAGGCCUGAAUUCACAUGGUGCCCGGAACUUCUAUGCUCACUCCUACAGCAGCAAUGACUGGGAUAUCUGUGAAGAGCUUCGAGUUCGAGAACUUGAAGAAGUCAAGGCUAGAGCUGCGCAGAUGGAAAAGACCAUGCGCUGGUGGUCAGAUUGCACUGCCAACUGGAGAGAGAAAUGGAGCAAAGUGAGAAUAGAAAGGAAUAAAGCCAGGGAGGAAGGACGGCAGCUCAGAAUAAAAUUAGAGAUGGCAAUGAAGGAAUUGAGUGCCCUCAAAAAGAAACAAAGUUCACUAAAUGAAAAGGAAGCACUGGAUGCUGAAGUCAUCUGGAAGGAGAAGUCUGGGCUUGUGGAAGGCUCCUGUCCACAGGAAGCUCAAUUUCCUGUGGCUUCUGAGGAAUGUGGUACUCCUGGGAUCAAUUUGGGAAAAAUACAGGUUUAUCUAAAAGAAGAUAUAAGCAAGAAGGAAAUAGAAAUGGUUGCCAACCCAGUAAGAUUCAACCAGAAUUUGGAUUUAAAAGGCCCUGAUUUCUUCAGAAAAGGUCUUUCUGGCAGCUGUGUGACAAAGCCUGCACUGAGGCUAGAUAAUGUAGCACAACCUUUGGAGAAGGAACUAACACAGAUUUCGACUCUGAAGUUUCAUUUGGACGAGUCUCAGAGAAUUUUGUGGAAGGAAAGAGAUUUGCGUUCAUCUUUGGAAAAAGAAGUUGAGUUACUCGAGUCAGCAUUGUCUCUUUGGAAAUGCAAGUAUGAAGAAAUGAAAGAAUCAAAAGAGAUGGGUUUAAACCAGUUUAACAUAUUUCAGGACCUACAAGAAAAUGAAGUGGAAAAGGUUUCAGAAGAUAGAACGGAUGAAGCCAAUUGCCAAAACAGCAAGGACAGAUUGAUCUGUGAGCUGAGAGAGGAGCUGGAGAGACUACAGGCUGAGAAUACCUCUGAGUGGGGCAAGAGGGAAAUACUUGAGACGGAAAAACAAGGACUGGAAAGAGACAAUAGAAGGUUAAAGGCCCAGGUGAAGGAAAUGGAAGAGCUUUUGGAUAAAAAAAAUCCAUUAGCUGCAGUCCCUCAAGGUCCUGAUUUGAAGACGUCACAAAGUGAACUACUAGAGAAAAACAAGGAGCUGGCUGAACUUCAACAGGCCUACUGCAAACUAAACAAACAGUAUCAAGAGAAAAUGGCAGAACUGAUUCAUGCAAACAACAGAGUGGAUCACCAUGAGGCAGAAGUAAAGAAACUGAGAUUUCGAGUGGAAGACCUAAAAAAGAGCCUCAGCCAUGCAGAAGAUGAGCUUGAUGGCUCGCUAAAUCAGAUUUGGAAGCUCCAGCGAUCACUGGAUGAACAGAUAGAAAUGAACGAUAGUCUACAGAUUCAGCUCAAUCAUCUACAAAGCAGAUUCAAGAGACAAAAAAAUGUGUGUCCUGCAUAUGGAAUCAAAGUGAGUCCUAAAUAUGCUUUUGAGGACUCCACAGAAGCUGAGUAUGAGGAGGAAGGUGGCCAGUCUAUUUCAUGA